CUUCCGGUGCUGAUGUGGCCGGAACCGGAGCGGCGCGGCCAGGCGAGCGGCCCGGCUCAAGAUGCUGAGCCGCCUGUCUGGGCUUGCCAACACGGUCCUGCAUGAGCUGUCGGGCGAUGGAGAGGAUGCGGGGCCCGCAGCCCUGACUGCUGAGGCGGAGUCAGAAGCGCACCAGCAAAAUGGGGAGGAAGCACCGGAGGACCUGCUGGAACGGCUGGCCCACACAGAGAGGCUGGUGGUGCAGCUGAAGGAGCUGGUGCGGGAGAAGGAGGCCCAGCUCCAGCAGAAGGAGGCCCAGCUCCAGGAGGAAAGGCAGGCCGCUGAGGCCAAGCUGCUGAAGCUGAAGCUGCAGGCCAAAGCCAAGCUGACCUCUCUGAACAGGCGCAUCGAGGAGCUGACAGAGCCAGGAGUGGCCUCGUCGGCGAAGGAGCUGCCGGGGGAGCCGCUGCUUCCUGCUCAGCAGCAUGUUCAGAGUGACCAAAUCGUGGGCGACAAGCAGCAGGAGGAGGAGGUGGGAGCGCUGCGGAAGCAGCUCCAGGAGGAGAAGGAAACGGUGAAAAAGCUCCAGGAGCAACUGGAGUCAGCUACCAGCAGCCUUAAUGAAGCGAGGGCCCAGCACGACUCCCUGCGAGAGGAAAUCCAGGCGAAGAACGCGCAGCUGGAGGAGCAGGCCCUCAAGUACCAAGCCGAGCUGCACCGGUUGGCUUCCCAGUCCGCCCUGGAAGCCGAAAUGCAGCAGAACCUGCGGCUGCUGCAGAGGAAGCUGGAGGAGCAGGAGGAAGCCUUGCUGGGGCGGACGCAGGUGGUGGAGCUGCUGCAGCGGGAGCUGCACACCCUCGCAGGGGAGAAGCAGGUGCUCCUCACCCAGGUGCAGGAGGCCGAAGCCGAACUGGCCUCCCUGAGCGGCGCCCUGGCGUCCGAGCGGCACGCGUCCCGUGGCCGGCUGGAGGAGCUGCAGCUGGCGCUGGCGGAGCAGAAGCAGGCCUUCCUCCGUGUGCAGGAGGAGGCGCAGCAGUCCUCGCAGGAGCUGGCCCGGGCCAGGGAGGCCCUGGCGGACUGGGAGCGCAGGAGCCAGGAGGCGGGGGAGAGCAGCCAGGAGGCUGGCGAGCCCUCGGGCGUGGAGCAGGACCUGCCCCCCAGCCGCGAGGCCCUCCCAGCAGAGAGCGGCCGCUCCACAGAGGACGGCUCCACGCAGCAAGGGGAGCCCCCUGCGAGGGCCGAGGAGUCGUGCUCUUCACAGGCCGAGCCCGAAGUUUCUGUGGCCCAGGCAGCAGGGCAGGACUCUGAGGCGCGGAGCGAGGCUGUUCCUGGGCAGGGCCCUGCAGCAGCGGCAGGAGGUCCCCGGCAGCAGGAGGAUGGGCCCCCCGAGGCCCCCGCAGAAGCUCUGCGAGCGGAGAACGAGGCCCUCCGCUCCCGACUCGCUGCACUGGAGAAGAGGGUUGAAUGCGCCGCAGGGGCAGCAGAGUUAAGCCAGAAGAGCAGCUGUGCCGAAGCGGAUGCUGAGCCGCAGCCCCGGUUGACGCCAGGGGUGCCCUGCGAUUUCGGUGGCGGCUCGUCCGGGCCUGGCGGCACGCUGGACGGCCUUGGGAGCGACGCGCAGGAGGGCCUGCGCUUGCCGGACGCGCCCGCUGCCCCGGCGCAGCCCAGCACCUGCAGCGGGUGCCCCCUGGAGCCUCCACCUGCCUCGGAGAACGGCCAGCCCGGCAUCCUGGGGUACCUCUCUGCGAAGAGGCGCAAAGAUCUGUCCCUGCUGCUGCUGGAGCUGCAGGAAGCCCAGGAAGAACUGGCGUUCCUGAAGGGGCAGCUUCCGGUUCCCGCCAGCGCGGACCCCGGUGGUGGCGGGCGGCCCCAGGCCCCGGGCACGGAGGCAGUCGGAGCAGCGCUCACGCAGCGCGAUCCCAGUCGCGGCUCCCCGGGGCCUGUGGGGGCUCAGGAGGAGGCCCCUCCCUCCCCAGGGGCGUUCGCGGGGCAGGACGGCCCCUGCGCAGAGGACGGAGAAGCGGCUCUGGCUGCUCCCGCAGCCGCGAGUCUCCCCGAGCAGCAGGAGCUGGCCAGUUUGCGGCUGGAGGUGGCCGCGCUCCGAGCGAGCCAGUGCGAGGCCCAGGAGUGCCACCGGAGCGCCCUGGAGGAGCGGGCUGCGGACAUCGGGGGGCCGCAGCAGCAGGUGCGGGACUCGGACACGUCCCUGCGUGCCCCAAGGGCGGAGUGGGAGCAGCUGCUGGCCCAGCCGGAGGAGCUCUGCACCCAGGCGGCACUGCGGGAGCAGGUGAGGCAGCUGGAGGGUGACCUGGCCGACUCCGAGAAGCGCCGCCUCUCCGACCACGAGAGCGGGCUCUCCCAGCUGGCCCUGCUGCGGGAGCAAAUCCAGAGCCUGAAGAACGAGGCAGAGUCCAAGGAGGUGAAGAUCGCGGCCCUGCAGAGGGACCUGGACGAGGCGCAGGGCCACCUGGUGGAGCAGGGCCUGCUGGGGCAGAGCCUGAGCGGGCAGCUGCAGGAGGAGCAGCAGCAGAGGGAGGCGCUGGCGGGGCAGCUGGAGGCGGCCUCCAGCCGGGCCGAGGGGCUCUCCCGGCGCCUGGCCUCGGCGGAGCUGGCGGCAGCCGGGCUGGAGCAGCGCCUGGCCGAAGGCGGUGCCGAGCGGGAGCGGCUGGAGCAGGAGGUGGCCGAGCGGGAGCAGCGGAUGGCGGAGCUCAGCAGGGGCAUGUCCGACCGGAUGGUCCAGCUGAACGAGGAGAAGUUCCUGCUGGGCCGGGAGCUGAGCCACCUGACGGAGCAGCUGAGCCGGCUGGCGCAGGGGAAGGAGACCAGGGAGCUGGGCGUGGGGACGGAGGGCCCGGCGGAGGGAGCCGUGCCGGAGCAGCAGGCCGAGAGCGGGGAGGCGGAGGAGCUGCGGCGGGAGAACGAGCAGCUGAAGAGGAAGCUGCAAGCAGCCCUUCUCAGCAGGAAGGAGCUCCAAGGCAAGGUCCGCCAGCUGGAGACGGGUGGGCAGGGCGGCGCAGAGCGGCCCCCCGAGGCAGGGGCCCAAGCUCUGGCACCCCCGGAGAGUGAAGCGGUGCAGGACGGGGAGCCCCCUGGCGACAGCCGCCCUGCCACUCUGCCGCUGCCGCUCUCUGCCAAGGAGGCUGAGCCUGAAGGGGAAAAGGGGCCCCCGGUGGCCACACUGCAAGCCCUGGUCACGGAGCUGCAGCGGAGUCUUCAGGAGAAGGACCUCCUCGUCGCCACCCUCCAGGCUGAGUGUGAGGCGCGCGGCGUGGGGCCUGAGCAACAAGCCCCAGCGGAUCAGAGCUUCGAGGUGUCUGGCCCGGCCGUUCCUCUGGCGCAGGCGGCAAGCAGCGCCGCUGAGCCUGGCCUGGACGAAGAGCCGAGGGCUGCCCUGGAGGAGAAGCUCCAUGCUCUGGCAGAGGAGAGGGAUCGGCUCCAGCAGAAGCUCCAGGAAGCGCUGGCCUCUCGCAAGGAUGCCCUUAGGAAAGCCCAGGAGAAGGACCGUCACCACCGGGAGCAGCUGAAGCAGCAGAAGCGCAGCUACGGGCUCCUGAAGGAGCAGUUCGAGCAGCAAAGCCAGGAGAAGGAGGCUCUGCAGGGCCAGCUCCGGGCCCUGAGCGAGGUGCAGGAGGACGCCUCUCUUCCCAGGCCUGCGGAGGAGGCGGCUCCGGAGGGGCCGGCAUCGCAGGCCUUGCAGGCGUCGGAGUGGGUGGCUCCGGCAGGGAGUGCUGUGCCCCCCGGAGCCUCCCUGGGCACCGAAGGCUCUGCGGAGCGGCUCCAGUCAGACCUUGAGCAACUCCUGGAGGAGAAAAGGCACCUGGAAGCACAGGUGAGCCACCUGCAAGAAGCACUUGGGAGCCAGUCGGAGGUGAUGCCGCAGCUUCAGGAGCAGGUUGGGCAGCUGCUCGCCGAGCUGGAGACCGUGAAGGCCGCCUGCGCUCAGGCCGAAGCCAGUGCGGUCGGCCUGCGGCUGGAGCUGGAAGAGAGCCGAGCGGAGGUCGUGCGGCAGGAGAGCCUGAGACUCCAGCAGGUGGAGGAGGAGGAGCGACGUGAGCGCGCCUGGAAGGAAGAAGUGGAAGGUCUGAACGCCCGGCUGGCAAGCAAGGAGGAGUCUCUGCGCGGCCUGCAGAUUGAGCUGCGCGAGAGAGAAGACCGGAUCAAAGCCCUGCAGAGCCAGCUGGAUGCCCAGAGCCAGGAGCGGGCCCAGCGGCUGCAAGCGGAGCUGGCCGAGGCCCAGCAGAAGUCGGCCGCGGAGGCUGCGGAGGGGCAGUCCAGGGCCCAGCUGCAGAGGAAGCUGCAGGCGGCCCUCGUCUCCCGGAAGGACGUGAUGAAGGAGAGCAAGCUGCUCAGGGAGGAGCUGGCCAGCACCAAGGCUCUCCUGGAGAGCACAUCCCUGCGCCUGGCCGAGGCCGAGGGCCGGGCCUCCGAGCUGGAAGAGGGGAAGGCCGUGCUGCUGAAGAAGACGGCAGUCCUCGGGGAGGAGCGGGAGAGGCUCAUUGCGGAAGUGGACAGAGCUUUGGUGGAGAACCAGAAUGCAUCCAGCUCCUGUGAGAGCCUGAAGCUGGCGCUCGAGGAGGUGACCCGCGAGAAGACCCAGCUGGAGGAGGAGGCCGGCUCCCUGCGACACGCGCAGGCCCAGGCGCUCGCCGAGUGGCAGGAGCAGCGGCGGGAGCUGCAACGCGAGUAUGAAACCCUCCUGCAGUCGUACGAGAACGUCAGCGGCGAGGCCGGGCGGAUCCAGCGGGUGCUGGAAGGGGUCCGGCAGGAGAAGCACGAGCUCUUCCUCCGGCUGAAGGGCACCGAGGCCGAGAAGGAGGAGGUGGAGGCGCGCCUGCAAGGGGCCGAGCGGGAGAUGGAAGGGAUGAGGGAGAAGAUGAGGAAGUUCGCCAAGUCCAAGCAGCAGAAGAUCCUGGAACUCGAGGAGGAGAACGAGCGGCUGAGGACUGAGGCCCACCCCGUGGAUGGCGGCCCGCAAGGGGCUGAAGAGAUCAGUGCCGGUCUCCGGGAAGAGCUGGAGAGCUCCAGGAGGAGCUGCGAGUCCCUCUCCAGGCAGCUGGAAGCGCUGACGGCUGAGAGGGAUUCCCUGAACCAGCAGAUCCAGGACUGGAGGCAGCGCUUACAGAGCGAGGAAGAGGAGCUGCGAAGUGUGCGAGAGGAGGAGGAGAACCUGGUGGCGGACAAGGCUGAUGGCUGUGCGGAGGUGGCGGCCUCAGAGGCAGCUGACGUGCAGGCAAGUCCAGACACUGCUUCCGAACCUCCGGAGCCCGCCACUGCGGCCCUGCCUUCCCCGGAGGAAGAAGCCGCCCAAGCCCGCUCCUUGCACGAUGAGAUCAACAGGUACGUGCAGCAGGUGGCGCAGCUCACGCAGCAGGUGGCAGAUCUGGAGGAGAAGGGCAGGGCCGCAGCAGAGGAGCUGAGCAGGAUGUGGGGGCGUGUGGAGGCCCUGGGCGAGGAGAAGGAAGCCCUGGAGGGGCUGCUGGUCGCCCGAGGCCAGGAGCUGGAAGCGCUGCGGGAGAAAGUCCUCGCGGUGGAGCAAGCCAGCCAGAGGUCCGAGGAGCAGCGUGCCGGAGCAGUGAGGCUGAAGGAGGCUCUGGCCGCCGAGAAGGACGAGCUGGAGGAGAGGCUCAUGAACCAGCUGGCCGAGCUGAACGGCAGCAUCGGGAACUACCAGCAGGAUGUCGCGGAUCUGCAGCGCCAGAACGGAGAGCUCCGCAGCGAGGUGGGGGGUCUGCAGGGGGCCCUGAGCCGCCUGGAGGAGGAGCAGCGGCAGCUGCUGAGGGAGAAGGCGGAGAUGGCGGCCGAGAAGAAGGAGCACGUGGAGCAGCUGAGGAGCACCUGGAAGGGCGGCGCUGGCCGGGCGCAGGCGAAAGAGCUGCAGGAGCUCCUGAAGGAGAAGCAGCAGGAGGUGAGGCAGCUGCAGAAGGAUUGCAUCAGAAGCCAGGAGAAGGUGAGCAGCUUGGAGCGAACCGUCAAGGCCCUCGAGUUUGUCCAGAGCGAGUCCCAGAAGGAGCUGGAGGCCACCAAGAAGAGCUUGGCAAAGGCAGGCGCGGACACCCAGCAGGCGCAGGCCGAGCUCCGCUCCUGCCGAGUCUUGCUGGAUGACACGCAGAGCGAGGCGGCCCGCGUCUUGGCCGAGAGCCUGAAGCUGAGGGAGGAACUUCAGGCGAGCCAGGCACAGGUUGCGGCGCAGCUGAGGCAGAAGGAGAAGGAUUUUGAGAGGCGCCUGGCGGAAGAGAGGGGGGCGCAGGCGCAGGCGGCCAGGCGCGCGGAGGAGAGGCUGGAGGCCGUGCGGCGAGAGCAGGCCCGGGCCGAGGGGGCGGUGGGCGAGCUCCAGGCGGCCCUGCGCCGGAAGGACCAGGAGGCCCAGCAGCUUCAGGGCAGCCUGAACCGCACGCUGGCCCAGCUGGCAGCCAUCACCCGCAGCAUGUCCUCUCUGCAAGACGACCGGGACCGCGUGAUCGACGAAUCCCGGCAGUGGGAGCGGAAGUUCGGCGAGGCGAUCGAGAAGAAGGAGCAGGAGCUGCACGCACGGGAGCAGACCUGUUCCCGCCUGGAGGAGCAGGCGAGGCUGACGGCUGCCCAGGUGGAGGAGCUGCAGAGCCGCAUAGCCAGCCUGGAACACAACAAAUUGGCCCAGGAGUCCAGUACCCAGAAGGAGCUUCAGCGUCGCCAAGAAGAAGCCGAGCUGCUGCAGGAGGAGAAAAGGAAGCUUGUCUUACAGCUUGAGGAAGCGCAGCAACAGCUCGGCAGUUCCCAGAACCAGGUCCAAAAGUCCGAGGCAGAACUGCGGAGUCUGAGGGAGCAGCUUGCUGAGCUGCAGGGCUCCUUUGCAGAGAGUGAGGCUGCCCGGGGAGAUGCGGAGAAGACGGCCAGGAUGCAAGAGGCCAGCCUCCAGGAAUGCCGGUUCAGGCAGGAGCAGCUGGAAGCAGACCUGCGGGCUUCCAAGGAGCUGACGGAGAGGCUGCAUGAAGAGAUGAGCAGCAAGGAUCAGAAGAUCAUCCACCUGGUUGCCUCCAGGGAAGAGGCUGUGGCAGCAGCGGUGCUGGAGCUGCAGCAGCAGCACAAGGAGGCGCUGGAAGAGCUGGAGAGCAGAAUUGGCCAGGCGGGAGAGGAGAGGGCAGUCCUGGAGACAGAGAAGAAGAGAGCUCUGGAGAAGGCCGAUCUUCUCAUGGAGAAGCUGAAGAGCACCCGGGAGGAGAGCCAGCAGCACAAGGCCCGGCUGGAUUCCUUCCUCAAGUCCAUGUCCUCCCUGCAGGACGACCGAGACCGUGUCUUGGGAGACUAUCGGCAGCUGGAGCAACGCCACCUGGCCGCCAUCCUGGAGAAAGACCAGCUGAUCCAGGAAGCGGCUGCCGAGAACAACUCCCUGAAAGAGCAGCUCCGCAGCCUCCACAGCCGGAUGGACGACCUGCACGCCGAGAACGCCAAGCUGGACGCCGAGCUGGUGCGCUACCGCGAGGACCUGAACCAGCUCAUCGCCAUCAAGGACUGCCAGCAGAAGCAGCUGCUCCAGACCCAGCUGGAGCGCAUCCGGGCCCUGGAGAAGGAGAAGGCCGAGGCAGAAGGCCAGCGGGAGGAGUCCGAGCGUGCCGUGGUCCGGCUGCAGCUGGAGCAGCGCUCUGCGGGGCAGGAGGCGGAGGCCCUCAGAGCCUCUCUCGCCCAGCUGCAGCGGGAGAUGGCCGCGCUGCUCGAGGACGGGCCCCUGCCGGAGCUGCAGGCCCGGCUGCAGAGCAAGGCGCAGGAGGCGCAGGAGCUGAGCGGCUGCCUCUCGCUCGUGCAGCAGCGGGUGGCGGAGCUGGAGGAGGAGCUGGCCCAGGCGCGCCAGGCCACGGCCCAGGCGGUGCGCGAGGCCGAGGCCAGGAUGAAGGAGGAGCUGAGGGGCCUGCACCACGACGCCGGGCUCAUGCGGAACGAGACCGAGACGGCGGAGGAGCGGGUGGCGGAGCUGGCCAGAGACCUCCUGGAGAUGGAGCAGAGCCUCCUCGCCGUCACAGAGGAGAACCAGGACCUGAAGGCCCAGAUCCACUCCUUCAGGAAGGCCAUGGGCUCCCUCCAGGACAGCUGGGACCAGUCCAACGAAGCGCUGCGUGCCCUGGAGAAGCAGCACUCCGAGGGCAUGGCGGAGCAGGCCCUGCUGGCGGAGAGCCUCCGCAAGGAGAAGGCCCGGCUGGAGGGGGAGCAGCAGAGCCUUGCCAAGCACCGGGACGCCCUCAUUGCUGAGCUGGCCACCCUCCGGGACUCCGUGGAGGAGAAGGGCCUGUUGGCCCGCCUGGAAGAGCUCAGCCAGCAGCUGCGGGCCAAGGACACGGAGCUCGCCCGCCUGACCGCAGAGCUCCAGGGGGCCUCCGGCCAGGUGCAGUCCUUCUCCAAGGCCUUGGCGAGCCUGCAGGGCGAGCGAGACCGCCUGCUGAGCGAGCUGGACAGAGCCCGGAAGGGGGAGGAGGAGGCGAAGGGGCCGUCGGCAGCCCAGCCCUCGCCCGGCUUCGCCGAGGUGCCGAGCCUCAAGAAGGCCUUGUCGGCCCUGCAGAGCGACCGCGACAGGCUGGUGGAGGAGCUGAAGAAGCUGCAGCAGCAGUACCUGCAGGCCGGGGUGGAUGCAGCCGAGAUCGCGCGCCUCCGGGCCGAGCUGCAGGAGCACAAGCGGGAGACGGAGCGGCUGAAAGAGGAGGGCGCCUCCCGGCAGCUGGAGCUCCAGCAGCUCAGGGAGGAGAAGGCAGCCUGGGAGCUGGAGGCCGCGUCGGCUGCGGAGCAGCAAUGGGGCCACCUGCAGAGAGCCGACGCACCUGCUGUGGCAGAGGAGCAGCGCCAGAGGCAGGCCGCUCGCGAGAUGGUGCGUCCCGGCCAGGCGCUGAAGGGCGGAGGGGCCGCUGCCCAGGAGAGCGAGGCGGCGUCUCUGCAGGGCCAGCUGCGGAGCAGCCUGGAGCAGCUGCACCGGAAGGAGGCGCGUAUCCAGCAGCUCAACAGCAAGCUCUCCCAGGUCUUCGAGGAGAAGAACGCCCUCUCUCUCCAGCUGCGGGGAAGCAGCCGCAACCUGCGCGAGGCCCACCAGCACUACGCCGAGGCCCUCGCUCGCUGCGAGGCGCUCGAGAAGCAGCUGCAGGGCUUGCAGCCGCCGGGGAAGGACGGGGGGACCCUCCCCACCGAUGCUGCUCCUGGAGCCCCCCAGGAAAGAAGCGAGCACCCCAGGGAGAGCUACACCCCGGAGCUGCAGGAGCUGCAGAUGAGGCUCUCCGAGGCGAAGCAGCAGCAGAGCUGUGCAAAGGAGGGGCUGCUGCAGCUGGAGGAGCUGCUGCAGGAGGAGCGGGACCGGCGCCUGGCUGCCGAGGAGGCGCUCUGCGCGGCCCAGGGCCAGCUCCGCAGGCUGGAGCUGAGUGACUGGGCGCAUCCCCUGGACACCGCCAUCGAGAUGCGCUCCAGCUCCGAGCAGGCGCUGCUUGUGGGCCCGUCCGAUGGCGCUUUCAGCAAGGCUCGUGGAGGCUCGGGGCUGCGGCGCGCCCUGCGCUCGCUCUUCUGCUCCCGGAGGCGCCUGCCCCUCCUCGCCUCCGUCUACGUUCUCGCGGUGCACCUGCUGCUGCUGCUCUGUGUCACGGGCCGCUUGUGAGCGAGGCCCCUGGCCCGGCCAGCCGUGGGGAGUGUGGAAGCAUUGGGGUGGCUGCUGCCUGGGCCAGGCAUGGCGGCGGCGUGCUGCUCGGGAGCGCUGCAAGGCCUGCGCAGGCUUCCAGUGUGUGGAGGCGCGCACGGCCCCCGGCCAGCGCACGGCCGUUAACUCCGCUGUUAUGAAGGGUUUGAGUUCUCUAAGCAUUGACAUUCGUACAGUUUGCCGGGCGCUCGGUGGGGGCGGGGGAGGCCGCUGGAGGGGAGACGCCCCCCUCUCCGGUCGGGCAGGUGCGUGACUGCGGAGAGCGCCUCCCCCAGGCCGGGGUGCAGCUGCAGCGUGCCCACGCCGUGGCUCCUCCGUGCGUGGGCCUUGGCUCAGGUUUUCCACUUGAUUCUGGGAAGGGACCAAGUUCACUGGAUGGACCGCUAGCUUGCUGUGGGCCUUUCUUUUGCACCCGUUGUCAUUCUCCGAGAGCCCAAGCGGUUGGAAAGGUUGCACUUGCGGGGAGGGAGGCCUCGGGCACAGCCCCGACUGGCCCCGUCUCCCCAGACGACGGGCGGCCGUCCCUCGGCACCGGUCUGGCCUGGGGCUUGGCGGGGUGAUGGCCUUGGCCAGUUCCUUGCACUGCAUGUGGGGGGAGAAACAGUGGGGAGCCCCGUGCUGACCCCUCCCUUGCCAGAGGGCUCCGUGUAGCUCCGGAGGCGCAGGACAGGCCUGGGGCGUCCCCUUGCCCCCCGCCUCCCUUGCGCCAGCCUGGAGGGCCCGUCCCUCACGGUCCCCAGUGGCCUGGUAGCAGGAAGGUCUCGGUUUCUCUGUCGGGGGCCUUGCCCCUCCGGCGUAGGCCCGGCAGCACUGCUUUGGGCGCCCCUGAGUCCUCUCUCCCGAUCCUCUGAAACCCCCUCCUUGUGCAAUAAAGAGUCUUAUUUUUCCGAG